CACCGGAAGUGACCCUGCUAGUUGUUCUCUUGACAGCUCUCCUGGUCUUAACGAGCGAUGCCACUCUUUGUUAAGUAAAGUGGCGACAGAUCAGUCUUCAGACCCAGCUCAGGUGAAUUAAAUGGUCAAUUUGGUUGUCGCUGAUGAACUGAGCCUCUGUGAGUUUAGUAACUGGAGACAGUUUCCCUCCACGGAUACUUAUUCCGUAGUUAGCUAACGUUAGCCUGUUAGCUUCAGACAGCAGCUGCAGCUCGGAGGAUGUCUCUCCACGGGAAGAGAAAAGAGAUCUACAAGUACGAGGCUCCAUGGACCGUGUACGCCAUGAACUGGAGCGUCCGCCCGGACAAACGCUUCCGUCUGGCUCUGGGGAGCUUCGUGGAGGAAUACAACAACAAGGUUCAGCUGGUGGGUCUGGAGGAAGAGAGCUCAGAGUUUGUCUGCAGGAACACAUUUGACCACCCUUACCCCACAACUAAGAUCAUGUGGAUCCCAGACACCAAGGGGGUGUACCCGGACCUGCUGGCCACCAGUGGGGACUACCUGCGCAUCUGGAGGGUCAGCGACACAGAAACACGCCUUGAAUGUUUGCUGAACAACAACAAAAACUCAGACUUCUGUGCUCCCCUCACCUCCUUUGACUGGAACGAAGUCGACCCCAAUCUGCUCGGCACAUCAAGCAUCGACACCACCUGCACCAUCUGGGGGUUGGAGACCGGUCAGGUGUUGGGACGAGUUAACCUGGUGUCCGGACACGUGAAGACUCAGCUGAUUGCUCAUGACAAAGAGGUGUACGACAUCGCGUUCAGCCGUGCAGGAGGAGGAAGAGAUAUGUUUGCCUCUGUGGGAGCUGAUGGAUCCGUCCGCAUGUUUGACCUCAGGCACUUGGAGCACAGCACCAUUAUUUAUGAAGACCCCCAGCACCACCCACUGCUCCGCCUCUGCUGGAACAAGCAGGACCCCAACUACUUAGCUACAAUGGCCAUGGACGGCAUGGAGGUGGUUAUCCUGGACGUACGUGUGCCUUGCACCCCGGUGGCUCGGCUGAACAACCAUCGCGCAUGUGUGAACGGCAUCGCCUGGGCCCCUCACUCCUCAUGUCACAUCUGCACUGCAGCCGACGACCACCAGGCUCUGAUAUGGGACAUCCAACAGAUGCCCCGGGCGAUCGAGGAUCCCAUCCUGGCAUACACCGCCGAAGGAGAGAUCAACAACGUGCAGUGGGCCUCCACGCAGCCCGACUGGAUCGCCAUCUGCUACAACAACUGCCUGGAGAUCCUGCGUGUCUAAAAAACCCACGAACACUUCAUGAAGGAGAGGAGGAGUGUCGUUUCAGAGUUGGACUUAAUUUUCAGUCCUCGUUACGCUGCUUCGAGUAGAAGGAUGAGGUCACAAGUGAACUUUCUGAACGUGUUUGGAGUCCGACACACCUGCUCCACAAUAACCUGGUUUACAUUUUUCUCUGCAUCUCUUCCCUCCAUUGUUCUUUAUUAAACGUGUUAGAGCUCUUAUUUAUUUUGCUCACAAAGGUAGUGUUCAUCUGCACCUGCACCACGGCUGUAAGAAGCUUCGAGCAGUCGUCUCAGUUUUUAUACUUGUUGGUGUGAUUUCAGCCAGCUGUGAGAUUAUCAUGAAGGGUUUCGAUGUUGUGUUCAGCUGUUUGUUUGUAAAGGUUGAUACAAACUGCCUGUAGGUGGCUGAAGAAGACCUCUCUAAUAAGUAGGAUUAUGUUGUAGCCCCGUGUGGACUCAUGAGAUCAGUACCUCCUAGUCUUGUUUACCCCUGUGGUAUUUUUUUAUCAAAAUGCUGUGUGUCCAGUUUGAUAGUAUGGAGCCUCAGACUCGUGACAUGUGCAUUUAUUUUGAUUGUAAAAUAACCUGAGAGGGAUUCAUAAAGUCACUGCAGUGGUGUCAUCAUACAGUGUGUUGUAGUCUGGCUGGUGAUGCAGUGAUGUACAGCAACACUCACAAACCUACCAGAGCAAUGUCGACAGCCUUUUUAGCUCAAACUUUACUCUCUUCUUCUUCUUCUUCUUUCUUCUUUUGUAGAAAAUUGUGCUUGGAGAAAGCUGCGUUUUCUUUGUGUUAGAGUGAGCUGUGAACUGGGAGUAGAAUGAACCACCUUCACUGACUGUGUCUGCCUCUUUUUCUUUGUUGUUUUCAAUUAUUAAAGGGUCAUGUCCUUGUAGCAUGCCAUUACAAGGCAAAAUGUACAUACAUAUAAAUAUAUCAACUUCAGAUGUUGGUAAGCCAAGUGUUCAUGUCGUAGCUUUUUCAUAAAGUUUAUUAUUGAAUUUGCUCUAAUAAAUUGUAUUCCUCCAUGUCCUAGGAACAAA